UCACUCUCUCUCCCUCACUCUCUCUCAUCCUCUCCAUCACUCUCUCAUCGCUCAACACCAUCUCUACUCCUCUCCUCCUCUUGACAACUUUACUCGCCUCUUUUACUUUACUCUACCUCAACUCCCCACACCGCAUCGCCCCCUUCCACCCCUCCCUCCCCCUAUCAAUAGUCACUGUUUUCCACACUCAUCGCCCAUCGCCCAUCGCUCAUCGCUCAUCACAACGCGAGUUGAUCCAUAUCCACGAUCCACACGCCUUGGAUCCCGGCGGCAUCGCGCGCUCCUCUCUCCCCUCUCCCUCCACUCCCCUCCUCCCCCGCGCUGCACGCACCCUACACGUGCUCACAGACACCCCCCCUCCACUCCCUCCACACUCGCCGCUAAUCCAUCACCCUCCCCCUCCAUCUCUCUCCAACAUCGCAUCACACCACACCCCAUCACCCAUGACCUCUGUAGGCGUCGCUCUCACCCCUUUCCCCCACCAGCAGCAGCAGCAGCAGCAGCAGCAGCAGCAGCAGCAGCAGCAGCCGACAGGCCAAGAGCCUCCCCGCUCCUCCAUCCUCCUCAAUCCCCACGAACGACCCGUCAUCCAGGAGAAGGAGAACAAGCCAGCAUGGGGCAUGGGCAUGGGUAGCAUGGGAAUGGGCAGCAUGGGCUUGGGAAGCACUAGAGGGCGUCCCCCAGCUGUAAAAGUCGCGCCCCCCGCCAUUACAACCACCGUAGUCCCCCCUUCCCCCAAUCCGCAGUCGGGCACCUCGGACGGCGACAAGUCUCCGCGUAUCCGUUUCGCUCCACUCCCCGACCCUAAUCGUCCUCGCUCUCAUUCCACCGGUCACAACGUCGGCCACAAGGUCUCUGAAGGUCCCAAUGGCGAGCGCGAGUACACCCUCGAGUUGCGCAACAUGACCAUGGACGACGAGGUGCUCAACGACAACGCCCUCGAUGACGACAGCUUCUCGGGUGACGAGGAUUCCGACCACGAGGAUUACGACUGGGAGCGCGAUAGCCGUCGCAAGUCGUGGGCCGCAGCCAUGUCUAUGGGCACGAUGAGUUCGAUGGGCAUGGGCUCGGCUUGGAGUGGCACCAAGAAGCUCGUCGGCCUCAAAGACACCCCCGCCAAAAAGACCAAGCCCAGCGGUAGCUUUGGAGCCGCCUCGACCUCGCCAGUCAACCCAACGUUCCUGAACCCGACGUUCCUGAGCCCUGGCCGUCGCGGCUCGGCAGCUUCGACUGGCAGCAACAACAGCAGCAGCACUGGUCACCGCCGCACAGCAUCCAACGAGAGCCGCCAGCAGCAGCCGGCCAAGAUGCUCAACGGGCGAGUGUAUGGUGCGCGCCGCGCGUCCGAGGCCGCCGCGCAGCAGAAGAUGCGUCGCGAGCAGAAUGAGCCCGAGUUUGUCGAGUGGGGCGGUGGCGGUGGCGUUGGCUCCAACAAGAACAACAAGGCGUCGGCCUCGAGCUCGGGCGACACCAUGUCGCGUAGCCUUGGGUCCAAGUCGCCGUUCGACGACGACGACGGCGGUGGCAUGUCGUGGGUCCGCAAGCGCCGUGAAGAGCGCGAGCGCAAGGCGCGCGAAGAGCGUGAGGCUGCGCUUGCGGCCGCAGCGGCGAACAAGGCCGCUGGCGGCGAUGGCGGCGAGGAAGUCGAGGGUAACCCCGGCAUGUCGCCCGGCCACCGCCCCGAAAGCGUCAGCAGUGUCUCUUCGAACGGAUCAAUCAGAGAGAAGCCGACGCUUCCCCUCACCCCGCAUGACCCGCACUCGGAGCUGUCGGGCGCGUUUGCCGACUUUGGCGGAUUCGGUGCGAGCGCCCCCAAGCGGCGCGGGACGCUCGAGGUUGCGCCCGACGCGCAGGCCGACGACCACGACUCGAGCCACCACCUCCACACGAUCAAGAUUCCGGGCGCGCGCUUCAGACGCCGCAGCAACGACGAGGAGGAGGAGGAGGUCAACUCUGAUUUCGAGAAUGACGAGGAUGACGAUGAGGAGGUUGAGCUGGUCAGCCAGAAAUGCGCCGCAGCGGGCGGCGUCGAGGUCUUUGCGCGCCACUUCUAGUUUGGCCGACGGCGCAUUGACUCUGAGAGAGAACCUGACCGAGGUGACAGGCGUUGCGGGGAACCUGAACGAGGUGGCAGGCGUUGUAUGGCGUGCAGAGUGCACUUGUAUGUUGUUCGUGUAGAUGGAAUGAAAGAAUGGAUGGGUGUGGG